AUCUAGAUCUAGAUCUCCCGAAUGCUAAGCAGUUCAAGUUGCUACCAGCACAGGACAUUGAGUUAGAAAUUCUAAAUAACUAAAUGGAGAAGAAGUAAUAUUGGUGUUUUGCUUACUGAAAAAGAAGACUGCGCUAUUAGACAUCGGUGCUUUGGCGAUAGUUACAUUAUUGGCUUUGUAAAGAGGAAGCACCACUUUGAAAGACAAUAAUAAUAUUUUUGUACAAGCACAGGAAGAUCAACGCCGGAAAUAUUAUGGUCACAAGAUCUGCACAUCAUUAUUAAGAACAUUAUCUACAUCGAGGUCUACGCGCAAGAUCUGUGAACAGGAUCUACGCGCACGAUACAAUCAAGAUUUGCGUUAAGGUACAGUGUUCAGCCAAAUCAAAUACGCACAGGAUUUACCCCCUCGUUCUCUCAAAUAACCUCAUAGUAGGGUUAGAAAGGCCAGUAAACAUUAUUGCGUAUCAACGAAAUAAGCCCAAUAAGACGCACCGAACGCAGAAGAUCAAAUCCCCUCUAGGCUAUAGAAAUAGAAACCAAAAUGAAGAAUUUGGCCUUAUCAAAGCUUGACGGGUUCGCGGUCAACCUCAAAGCCUACGACUCGGUGGUCAUCGUGCUGCUGUUUCUGUCCGCCAACGUGACCUCCUUCUUCAUCUCCCUGAACCACGCCCUGGCUAUGCUGGCUGCCAGCCUGGUCAUGAUGUACCACAUGGACCUGAUGCCCUGGCUGGGGGCUCUGGUUGCCACCAUCACGUGUGUGGUGAUACUGGCCGCGGCCGACCCGGACGCCUUCUACGUUCUCUUGGUGCACGUUCUCUUCUUUGCCGUCAGCUGGUGGA